AUGUCCAGAUCAAUCCGUUCAAACGCUCAUCUCAAUGAUAUACGAUUUGUGCAGCGCAAGGACAAGCUGUUCCUGACGAUCGACGUCCAAGAUGUGAAGGACGCCAAGAUCGAGUUGACCGAGACUCAUCUGAAAUUCAGCGGCUCGGCUCAGGGUAAGGACUACAACCUCGAUCUCGAGUUCUUCAAGGAGAUCAACCCGGAGGAGAGCAAGUACGCCGUGCUGCCGCGUCACAUCGUCUUCAACAUCGUCAAGAAGGAGAGCGGCCCGCACUGGGAUCGCCUCACGAAGGUUGGCGGCAAGCAGUGGUGGCUCAAGGCUGACUGGGGCCGCUGGGUGGAGGAAGAUGAGGAGGAUGAGGGUGCCGGCGAGGGCGGCGAUUUCGACAUGCCCCCCGGCAUGAUGGGCAUGCCCGGCAUGGGUGGCAUGGGCGGCAUGCCCCCUGGCAUGAUGGGCAUGCCUGGCAUGGGCGGCAUGGGCGGCAUGCCCGGCAUGGGCGGCAUGAACUUCAACGACUUCGGCGGCGACCUCGAGGGUUCUGACGAGGAAGACGAAGACGACGACGAGGUGCCCCCGCUCGAGGAAGACACCAAGGAGGGCCAGCAGUGA